AUGUUGAAAAAUGAAGCGCUCUCUGGUAUACAAAUUAGUCGGAUACACAUGCAAGCGACCGAGCAUGAGAAUAGAUGCUGCUCGUUAAUGGUCAAGAAAAAUUAUCUAGCGCAUUAUGGGAAUACUUUUGAAACUCCUUGAUGUUAUAUAUGUACCAGGGAGGGAGGCCCCCCCUUAAGGUCGAGAAUGGGACCCCCUGGGCUUUACGGGAUUCCUAGUGCGGAUAUGAUCUGGGGCCAAGCGAUCGCCAGGCGGGUCCUGCUCCUGCUGGGGCCUCCUGCUGGGGCCUCCUGUGGUUCCGGUGGUUCCUGUGGUUCCUUCUGCUUCAAUUUCUGCCCGUGGGAAAGUUUCCGCCCCCGGCUCCUUUUUCUGCUUCAAUUUCUGCCCGGGGGAAAGUUUCCACCCUCGUCGCCUUUUUCUGCUUCAGUUUCUGCCUGGGGGAAAGUUUUCCGCGCCCCUUUGUUGAUUUUCUGCCGGGUUUGCUGCCUCGGGAACAUUUUCCGCCCCCCUUUGUUGAUUUUCUGCCAGGUUUUGCUGCCUCGGGAACAUUUUCUACUGCCCUGAGUGUAUUCCUGCCAGGUUUGCUGCCUCGGGAACAUUUUCCACCCCCCUGAGUGAAUUCCUGCCAGGUUUGCUGCCUCGGGAACAUUUUCCACCCCCCUGAGUGAAUUCCUGCCAGGUUUGCUGCCUCGGGAACAUUUUCCACCCCCCUGAGUGAUUUCCUGCCAGGAGUGCCGCCUCGGGAACAUUUUCCAUCCCCUUGGUUGACUUUCUGCCAGGUUAGCUGCCUGGGGAACAUUUUCCCACCCUAUUGGUUGACUUUCUGCCGCAUUUUCUGUCAACCGGGAAUAUAUUCCGCCUCCCGCCCUCUGUGACUUUCUGCCGCAUUUUCUGACACCUGAGAACACUUCCCGCCCCCCUCUUGGACUAUCUGCUGCACUUUCUGCCACCUGGGAACACUUUCCGCCCCCGUCUGUGACUUUCUGCCACCCGGGAACACUUUCUGCCUCCCGCCCUCUGUGACAUUGAUUCUUGCCGCGUUUUCUGCCUACCCGGGAACAUUUUCCACCCCCCUCCGUGACUUUCUGCCACCCGCCCGGGAACACUUUCCGUUUCCACCCCCCUCUUGGACUUUCUGCUGCGUUUUCUGUCAACCGGGAACACAACAUAUUCCGCCUCCUGCCCUCUUGGAUUUUCUGCCGCAUUUUCUGCCUACCUGGGAACGCUUUCCACUCCCCUGGUUGAUUUUCUGCCACCCGAGAACACUUUCUGCCCCCCUCUUGGACUAUCUGCCGCAUUUUCUGCCACCCGGGAACACUUUCCGCCCCCCUCUUGGACUUUCUGCCGCAUUUUCUGCCACUAAGAACAUUCUUGCCCCCCCUUCCUCUUGGACUCUCUGCCGCAUUUUCUGCCGAGCUCUGUGAAUUUCUGCCAAACUUUUCCCCCUCGCCGUCUUGUGAACAUUUUCCGCGUCCCUCUUGUGGUUAAGACUGAGGCCGAGACUCACAGCCAGGGGAACUCUGCUGCCCCUCGUCCGCCAAGUCAUGAAAUUGCCUACAUGACUAGAAAUCCCGUAAAGCCCACGGGGCCCCUUUCUCGACCUUACGGCCCCUCCCCCUGUGGAUGGAUCUGGGGUGGACCACGCCAGAGGGGUCGAGCCUUGCCACCUUUGCCAGGUCUGUCGGGGGGCUGCCGGGCGGGAAGGCCUCAAAGCGCCCACUUCUGACCCCUUUCCGCUUCUUGCAUGUACCCGACAGACCUGGCAAAGGUGGCAAAGGCUGGGCCCUCUUGUCGUGUUGCGUGUGCCCGACAGAGCUGGCAGAGGAGGCAAGGUGGGACCCACCCCCUUGGCGUGCUGCAUGUACCCGACAGACCUGGCAAAGAAAGGUGGCAGCCCAACACUACAGACCUGGCAAAGGUGGCAAGGGUGGACCCCUCUGGCGCGUUGCAUGGGUCCAACCCUACGCCAAGGGGUUGGGUUCCCGCCUUGCCUCGUCUGCCAGUGCCAGCUCUGUCGGGUACACGCAACACGACAAGAGGGCCCCGCCUUUGCCACCUUUGCCAGGUCUGUAGGGUACUUACAUGCAAGAAGCGGGAAGGGGUCAGAAGUGGGCGCUUUGAGGCCUUCCCGCCCGGCAGCCCCUCGAAAAGAGGGGCUGGGGCGGGGAGGCCCCCCCCUCAAGAAGUUAGAUCGGGGGGGAGCCUCCCGCCCUGAGCCUUGGAGCAUAUAUAUUUAUAUUAUGGAUCUAAUGUGCAAAGAAAACCAUAGGAGUCACCAACCGAGCAACGCAGUAGUGCAAACGCUGGAAGUAGUAUCUCUCGUAUAGCCCUCUAGCAUGUACAGUAAGUUUAAUGCAAUGAAUGCUGUGAUUGUCACAUUAUCUAUGACUAGUCACAAUUCUUGAUGUAGUUUUCCGGUAAGUGCUUAGUCAUUUUGGGAUUAUGUGCAUGUUUUUUCUACGUCUAGACCAGGUCUUGUAUAAUCUUGAAGCCCGAUGCAUGAAAGAAAGUACUAGUUCUAUAGUUGAUAUGCAUGCUGUCUCUGUUGAGCUGACAUGAUUCAUUCAGGAUGUGUGUCACAGUCAGUGCGUUCCUUGGAUCGAACGCUCUUAACGGGGGCCAAUGACAGAACCAAAAUGUGUAGUUCUUCUGGAAAAAACCUUGAAACUAGACAAAGCGUCCGUGGGAAUACGAAUAUGAUAGAACAAGGCACUAGAUCUAGAUGGUAGUUCCUACCUUUUCG